AACUUUUGGAUUUCUUCAGCAUUGCAUAGAAAACCAAAAGGGGAGUUUAUGGUUUGUUUUUUUUUCCAACUCCUGAGAAGUUGUUUGAUGAAGUUGUUGGAACACAGUUAGGGGAUUUUGCUGUUUUUAAAGGAAGAGGGAGUCUUUCUUGCAUUAUUUUCAUAGCGCUACAAAAAGGAGAUUAUUGAAUUGUAUGGCAUCAGCGGAUAGGGGAUUUUUAGGGGAAAGAAAAAACGUGAAGCAGCAUUCUGAUUCCUAAUUUAGCGCUUCUUGGUAACUUUUUUUUAAAUCUGAGGAUCAGCCAUAUUUUCAAGCCUUCCAGUACCCAAAACCCGUGGGAUUACCAGAAAAAAACUGAAGAUGUCUGUUAAUGAGUUUUAUGAAUGCACUGUAAAUGUAUGAUUUGAUUACGCUGUGCUUCAAAGUUCUGUUUUACAUUCCACGCGUUGAAUCAGGAGCUAGAAACUACAAGAGUCCCUGGGUGUGAAGGAUAUCGCAGAGCGGCUGUGCAUUGUGGAGCGGGUCGAGGAGGCUCUGAGGCAGCAGGACUGUGAGGAGUCUGGGUAUCUCCGGCAUGAGCUCUCCAUUAUAACUGAGGAAGAGGCUGAGCGCACCUGGGCAGAGGCAGAUGUUUCGGACAAGCACUUCCUCCUCCUUCAGAAUGAGAAGAAUUACAGAACACAAUAGAUGGCACGUGGAACGCGGCAGAAGCUCUUCCUUCCAUGAAGUCCACGGUUUCCGGGAGUUUGACAUGAGGACCGCGGAGGAAGCUUCCGGCAACAAUAACAAUACCGUCUUACAGCGCCUCCUGCAGGAGCAGCUCCGCUAUGGCAAUCCCAGCGAGAAUAGAAACUUCCUGGCUCUCCACCACCACCAGCAGCAGCAGCAGCAGCAGCAGGGCCCGGUGAGCGGGAUCGGAUACGCGGGAGUGGGCCCCCCAGGAGAGGACCACCAGAUGGUCCCCCACUUGGCCCGUCAGGAGCCCCAGGGCCAGGAGCUACAGGUGGACAACAACGUGAUGGAGAAGCAGUUGACCUUGCGGGGCGGCCAGGGUCCCAACUCCGAGGAUCUGCCCACCUACGAGGAGGCCAAGGUGCAGUCUCAGUACUUCAGGGGCCAGCAACAGAUGCCGCCAACCGUAGGUGCCGCCUUUUAUGUGACCGGGGUGACCAACCAGAAGCUGAGGACGGAAGGGCGACCAGCUGUGCAGAGGGUGAGCCCUGGGAAGGUGCACCAGGACGACGGGCUGAAGGACCUGAAGCAGGGCCAUGUCCGCUCUCUCAGUGAGAGACUCAUGCAGCUCUCUCUGGCCACCAGCGGGGUGAAAGCCCACUCACCAGUCACCAGUGCCCCUCUUUCCCCUCAAGCCCAGACCUCCUCGGACCUGUACCAAAACACGCCACCAGGAGCUGACUUCUAUAAGCAAGGGGGCCAGGGCGGGCAGCACCCCCAGCAGCCCCAGCACUCUCAGCACUCUCAACACUCUCAGCACUCUGUACACUCUCAGCAAUCUCAACACUCUGUACACUCUCAGCAAUCUCAACACUCUGUACACUCUCAGCAAUCUCAACACUCUGUACACUCUCAGCAAUCUCAACACUCUGUACACUCUCAGCACUCUCAACACUCUCAGCAAUCUCAACACUCUCUGAAAGGGAUGGAGCACAGGGGCCCACCCCCGGAUUACCCCUUCAAGAACAUGUCCACCUUGCCCAUGGCGUCCAAGCCUCAGGAACACGGGCAUUACUACACCGAGCAACGCGUGAGCCAGCAGGCCAGGGCUGACAUGCCAGUCAUGAGGUACCAGCCUCCACCAGAGUACGGGGCCCCCAGGCAAAACCAGGAGAGCUCGGGGCACCAGCAGCGGCCGGGCCACCAUCACAGCCCCACGUCCUCCAUGACCUCCCUGAGCUCCCUCUCACUGGGACAGUCUCCAACCACGAGUGCCCAUCCCCAGAGCCAGCACCCAGGGGACCCCUACUCGCCAGGCCCUCGCCAGCAGCACCAGGGAGACCCCUACGGCCUGGCCUCCCCUCCUCCCCGGGGCCAGCAGUUUCAGGGGGACCCCUACCCGGGGCCCCCCAGAGCCCAGCAGCAUUUCCCCCCCAGCCACUGCUUCCAGGGCGACCCGUAUGCCAUCGUGGCCAGGGCUCAGCAGAUGGUGGAGAUUCUCUCAGACGAGAACCGAGUUCUCAAGCAGGACCUGGACGUGUACAGCGACAAAGUGGUCAAACUGCAGAAGCUGGAGAUGGAGAUCCAGCACGUGUCAGAGGAUUAUGAGAACCUGGCCAAAUCGUCAACCAAGCGGGAGGCUCUGGAGAAAGCCAUGAGGAACAAGCUGGAGGGGGAGAUCCGGAGGCUGCACGACUUCAACAGGGACCUCCGAGAGCGAAUGGAGACGGCUAACAAACAGCUGGCAGCUAAAGAAUAUGAAGGCUCUGAGGAUAACCGCAAGACCAUCUCUCAGCUCAUUGCACAGAACAAAGAAAAUCUGAGAGAAAAGGAGAAACUGGAGAUUGAGCUGAAAUCCCUCCGUUCUGCCAAUGAGGACCAGCGGAGACACAUUGAAAUCCGGGACCAGGCUUUGAACAACGCACAGGCCAAAGUGGUCAAGCUGGAGGAGGAGCUGAAGAAGAAGCAGGUGUACGUGGAGAAGGUGGAGCGGAUGCAGCAGGCCCUGGUGCAGCUGCAGGCAGCCUGUGAGAAGCGAGAACAGCUGGAGCACAGGCUGCGGACCCGGCUGGAGAGGGAGCUCGAGGCCCUCCGCAUGCAGCAGCGCCAGGGCGGGGCUCAGAGCAGCAGCGGCGCCCCCCCCGAGUUCAACGCCACGGUUCUAAUGGAGCACCUGCGUGAGAAGGAGGAGCGCAUCCUGGCUCUGGAGGCUGACAUGACCAAGUGGGAGCAGAAGUACCUGGAGGAGAGUGUCAUGAGGCAGUUCACUCUGGACGCGGCCGCCGACGCCACCACUCAGAGGGACACCCCCAGGAUCAGCCACUCCCCCAGCAGCAGCUACGACACAUCGGUGGAGGCGAGAAUUCAGAGGGAGGAGGAGGAGAUCCUGAUGGCCAACCGCAGGUGCCUAGACAUGGAGAGCAGGAUAAAGAACCUGCACGCCCAGAUCAUUGAGAAAGAUGCCAUGAUCAAGGUGCUCCAAGUACGGUCUCGAAAGGAGCCCAACAAGACGGAUCAGUCCUCCCCCAUGAGGCCCUCCAAGUCCUUGAUGUCCAUCGCAAACCCCAGCCCCGUCUCCGGCCUGCUGUCACACUCCCUGGGCCUGAGCAGCAGCCCCAUCGCAGAGGAGAGGAAGGAGGAGCGGAGCUGGAAGGGGAGUCUGGGUGUUCUGCUGGGAACGGACUUUCGCACAGAGUCCCUGCGCACUGAAUCUAUCUCCUCCUCCCCCUCCCCGGUCCUCCCGUCCACCCCCAUGAUGUCAGCCCAUUCCAAGACUGGCAGCCGAGACAGCUGCACCCAGACAGACAAGGGCAGUGAGCAGAGCAAGCCUACGUCCAGCCUGGCACUGCCGCCGGUUCAGUCUCGACUGGCCAGCCCCAGCCCAGUCUACAUCCCAGACAGGAUAGAUGGGCCAUCGUUCCACAGCGGCACCUUGGAUAGGAGAGCCCCAGUCUCACCACUGGGACAGGACAUCGACAACGAGAUGGUGGAGAUUCUCAUUUAAACCAGGAGAUGUGUGAGGCCUAGUGACCUCAGGAAGAUGAAAAGGACUUCUCUUUUAAAAUAUACAUUUUCAGUAGGAUUGUUCAGUAUGAGAACUAGCUGCUGAAGGCUGGGUUGACAUGAGGGUAUGCUUAAAUGCACUCAUUUUAAGCACCAUUUUCAUGAAAUCCUUAUAAGAAUGUAGAGCUAGUGAGUUUCUGAAUUCUCCUAUGUGGAACCAUCUCUGUUGUACAGUAUUUUGUCGGUGUUCUCUGUACCAACUGGACCAAAUGUGUUUGCUACCCCUUGGUUUCACUUAUUGCACUACCAUACUCUCAUUUCUUUCUCAUUGUUAAAUUUUGGAAGUAAUUAAACAGCAAGGAUAAUAUAUAUAUAUAUUUUACAUUUCCCUUUCUACUUUAGUGUUUGCAAUUAUUCCGAGUGGCUGUGGGUUCUGUGGAUCCAAUAUUGAGUUAUUAUUUCUCUAAAUCUUUACAUUUCUAUAGACACAGUUAAAAAGGUCACAGUGUCACAUGAUUUGAAUGGAAUGAGCAAAUCUGUUUAGUCCAGGCACAGGAUUCUCCAGAAAAGCCAGGUAAAAUUAUAUUUGAAAUCAGUAUUGGAACAACAAAACCUAGAGCCACUCAGCAUGAUAGCAAAUAGUAAGAGAUGUAAAAACUACAAUAAAGUGACAUCUGAAGGUACUUGCUCCUUUAAAACAAUUGAUGCAAAUUGCAUUUAGCACUUGGAUAGCAACUUGUGAUUUUUCCAAUUGUAUAUAAAAUGUUUGCUGUUAAACUUGUAAAUACCUAUAUAACGAAGGACAGGUCUCAUGUUAUUGUAUUGUAUUUGUAUGUUUUAUUUUAUACCGUAAUGCUUGCUUCCUUUGUGUGUGUGUGUUGUCAUGUUUGGGGCUGUUGCUACCUAGCAGUGAAUGGACAUGAGAUUCCUGGAGGCUGGCGCUGCUCUCUGUGCUGUCAGGAAUGUGAUUGGUCAGUGCCUGCCCUGCAUUCUAGUCUCAGAGUUCCACCCAGUAAAGGAAAUGACUUCUGCUGUCAUUUAUGUGUUUUUAUGAUGUUCGAUUCCUCCCAAUAAUAUUUCAAUCCCUGCAGUCUCUAGCUGCCUACACUUUACUCUCUGCACUUAAACAAACCCUAGUUAUUUUGUAUUUUUUUCUCAUGUAGUGUAUAGCACUAGCAUUGUAUACCAGUAAGUAACUCCUGAUUUUUUUUCUUUGGUCAGCCUGUUUUUUUUGUGUUUGUAAUUCUCUACAGAAGAAGGUGUGUCUCUGAUCUGAACCUGUCCCGAUACCUUUUAAAAGACAGGGCUGUGCCUCUGCAGCAGGUUUGAUAGGUGACUGAACUGCUCACAAAUUCCAUUACAGUUUUCAAGGGCGAUUUUUAUGUAUUUAAGUGACCCUUACAAAACUGAUUUGCCCAAGGAACGUUGCCAGAUGCAUGGGCACACACUUCAGUUCAGCUGCAUUGUUAACCUUUUCAUUGCCAGUGUAAAAAGAGUGCAAGUGUGCCACAAUAAAAAUGACAAUUUCCAUUUGUCUUGGGUAUGGUCCUUGUGUUUUAAAUUUUGUAAACAUUUUUUUUUGUUGUUGUUUUGGUGUGUGGUGUGUGGUCUUGGUUCCUUAUUCAACACUAUCGGCUGGUUUCACAGACCCUGAUUAGAUCUUGUAUUAUUGUACCUUACCUAAGUUAACAUAAGGUAGUCUGUGAAACCAGCCAUAUGUAUGUUUUGUUGUAAACCACACUUUGUAAAAUAAAGGCAGCUGACAAACAUUGAAACAGCAAGCUACAAAAUACUGCAAUUCAAAUUCCUUAAAGUGCUGUACAGAACUUCAUGUAUUUCUUACGAGUUGACUGUAUUUUACACGCAGUUCAUACGGAUUGUAAUUGCACUCUCCUCCUGUUGUGCUUUAUAACUGGAAUAUAAAUGCUUGUUUUAAAAGAAAA